UUAUUUUCUCCAUGGUGACUGAAAUCCUGAUGAUUAACUGAUAAGCAGUAAAAAACUUCAGUCCCAUACCUGCAUAGUACGAAGGAUCGUCUGAACAGUCACGCGACGCCACAGUGUGUGACUAAUCAUAAGUGUUUUCGACGGCUACGAGACAUUAUCCCCGAAGAGAACAAAGAUAAGAGCAUCCCGUCUUCUGGGUGGAAGAUUGUGUGCUGAACGCUUCUGAUGAGUGAAGCCUUAUCACUGGGAUGGCGACGUUGAAGAGCGUAAAAAAUAUUUUCGAAGAAUAUUGACUUACCCACACGAAUGACGACCUAAAUAAAUACAAGUUCGCAAAAUAGUCCACAUUCUGGUCGAUGGAUAGAUGAAACAGUUGAACAGCGGUGGUCAGUCGCACGGAGAAGUUGAUGGAGUGAAGACUGCGAGUGAUUGUAAAAACCUGUUUAUCAAAAGAAGGUAGUGACUUUGUUCGCUCAAUUAGCUACUGAUAAGCACUCGCUAUCGGUUUCCAGUGCGAGCCCCCAGCAGAGCAGUCAUUCACUCUUAUAAGAAAAUCAAUGGUCCAUUGAAAGAAGAGGACAAAAUAAGAAGCAAAUUUGCGAUAUACGCACUGACGGGCGCUGAUGCAAUCGAACCGCAACACAACAACAGGUUCAUACAUAUGUUGACGGCAUCGUGGUCGGCAACGAGUGAUUGGUAUAUUUAUUAUAAGUCUCUGCAUACCAUACCAGCGAAGUGGUGGGCUUUUGCAAGUGAAGCUUCAAAACUGAUAAGGCAACAGAGCAAAGCUGUUAUCGUUCCUCAGCUCCUGGUGGGAAAAAAAGAACGGAAGUACCUACCUGGCUACUUAUUGUAAGAUAGGAGCAUUUAUCUGCGUCGCGGAGUGAAAUAUUUUGCUGCGAUUAUUUUAUUAGGUGUGACGAAUUUCAACACCCGAUUUGGGAUUAAUUCCAAGGAUUCAACAAAUUACGCAGAACAAGCAGCGAUAGCGGCUUCAGGAUGCACGGCAAAGGUGAAGGCAGUGGAUUCAAAACCGGGCUGAUCGACUUUACCGCCGGAUCGUUGGGUGGAGUGGCCCUGGUCUACGUCAGUCAACCGAUGGACACCGUCAAAGUGAAAAUGCAGACCUUCCCCACGUUGUACAAAAACAUGGUCGACUGUACAAUGCGAACCUUCAGACGGGACGGCGUCGUACGGGGACUCUACGCGGGAACCAUUCCGGCUAUCGUUGCCAACGUGGCCGAAAAUUCAGUACUGUUUGCUGCCUACGGAGCGUGCCAAAAUCUCGUAGCCACCGUCGUACGAAAGCCAUCCGUCAGUGAACUCACAGCGCUGGACAACGCCACAGCCGGAUUCUUGGCCGCGUUCUUCUCCUCCUUCACUCUCUGUCCGACGGAACUAAUCAAAUGCAAACUUCAAGCCCUUCGCGAGGUGCAGCAAAACAAUCUGAAGGCGAACGAAAAGGUGCCGAAGGUAUCGCCAUUUCAGCUAACGCGGCAGAUCCUCCGAACCGAGGGCAUUCCGGGUAUGUUCCGCGGACUGACGUCCACCUUCGCGCGAGAGAUGCCCGGCUAUUUCUUCUUCUUCGGAGGGUACGAAGCAUCGAGAGACCUGAUGACCGAACCGGGCCAAUCCAAGGACGACAUCGGACCGCUGAAGACGAUGGUCGCCGGAGCCGUCGGAGGGGUGGCCCUGUGGACGGCCAUCUUCCCGGCGGAUGUGAUCAAGAGUCGGAUACAGGUGCAAAGUCUGAGGCUAAGCAUGACCCAGGUGGGGGCGGACAUUUUCCGAAAGGAGGGAUUCCUAGCGUUCUACAAUGGGCUACAGCCGACGAUCGUGCGGACGAUCCCGGCCACGGCGGUUCUUUUUGUCGUCUACGAGUACACGAAAAAGCUGAUGACGGAGCUGUUCGUCUAGAAGUAGCGGAUGUUCUACUUUUGCAUUUAUUGUACAGUUUAUGCAUUUCAUUUUUGGUUUCCUGCCAACUCUGCCUUUGUACGUGUUAGAUUUUAAGAAAUAUAAAAUCACGUUGAAUCUGUGUUAUGUAAAUUACG